AUGGAACUUGAGCGCCUUCUGAUGUUGAUGCGAUUGUUGUUAAAGACAUCACACUACUACACCAACGGCAUUCAUCCAUUCAUCGUCUUGUCAAACAUAUCAUUACUGCAGAGAGACAUCGAACCAUCAAAGACUCGUGAUCCAACCCUUCCAUGUUGA